AUGGAAAUAACUCAUUUAUCUUUAAGUCCUGAUGAUACUUACGAUGCUGACAUGAUUGACAGAAGAAUAUUUAUCGUUAUACCUCUCACUAAGAAAAUUAUGGACAUCUCUCAUCACCCUAAUGAUGAAAGAUUAUACAAUGAAUUAAAUGGCCAUUUUUUUGUCAUCACUGAUCCAUCUGUUCAAGAAAUAAUCGAUGGUGAUUAUGAGUUUUUUGUUGGCAGUAACGAUUUUAUUCCUGAAAGACAUUGUAUUCAUAGCCGCAUUCGGCAAACAUUCUUAUGGUAUUUGACUUGGUCUGGAGGAAAUAAUGAUAAUUGA